AAUAAUCGGCACCACAUUUCUUUAUCUCACAGUAUUUACAUAGAUAAUGAUGGCGCUUUGCUAGAACUGUCAGGUUAUCUGCUGUCAGUUGUCAACUUUCAUUUUUGACGUUUAGUAAAUAGAUAAACUAUUUAUAUGAUUUAAAAUGAAAUACUACUUAGCUGUAUUAUUAGUUUUAGGAAAUUUGAUUUUUUCAGAGGGUCAGGGUUACGAAGAUAGAAGAUGUAAAUGUGUUUGCCCUAGCUUAUCUUCAGUAACAAAUAGAACUGACCCAUUACACACUGCUCACAUAAGAAAUAUAUCAAAUGUCCCUCCAAAUAAGUGUAAUUGUCAAGAAGUCAUUUUACCCGCCAUUCAAGGAGAAUUAAAAGAAAAAGCCCAAGAAUUCUGCCCAAGAUGUGAAUGCAAAUAUGAACACAGAAAUACUACCAUCAUUCAGGUUGUUGUUAUCAUUGUUAUAUGGGUUAUUUCAAUUCUAGUCAUUUAUAUGGCUUUUCUUAUAAUACUUGAUCCCUUACUGAAUAAGAAAAUUAAAGGAAAUUACCAGGAACACACUAAUGAAGAUGAUGAAGCUAUGGCAGGACCAAUGUCACAUAAUAUGAGUGUCAGAGGAAAUGUACUAAAUAGAGUUGGCCAUCAACAGGAUAAAUGGAAAAGACAAGUUAAGGAACAAAGAAGAAAUAUCUAUGAUCGUCAUACCAUGCUAAACUAACUUUUUACAUUGUGAUAUGUUCUGUAGAAUAGUUAUCAAAUUAGUCUUAUGUUACUUAAAUUUAUCUUUAUUUAAAUAUAAAUUAUUGUGUUUAAGAA